AUGGUUCUGCUCCCACCGCACGCACAAGCCCUGAGCAAAAAGCGCAUCCUCGCCAAGGCCGGGCCGCCCGUGACCCUCCCCUCUGGCAUAACGUAUCGCGACAUCAGUAUUGGCAAGGGUUAUACACCCCGCCCGGGCGACUCUGUUGCCAUUCACUACUCUUUGUUUUUUAAGGAUCUGGAAGUGGAAAGCAGCCGAGAGAGCCAGGGCUUAGCAGCUAGUCCUGUCGGGUUUACAUUUGGCGCGACCUCGGGGCCGGGCAGCAUUAUGAGGGGAAUUAGUGAAGGGAUGGAUGGCAUGAAGGUGGGGGGUUUGAGGUUGAUGACUGUGCCGCCAGAGUUAGCAUUCGGACAGAAAGGCAGGAUGCCCCUGAUUCCUAGUAACGCGACUGUGGAUUUUGCCGUGUCAUUGCUAAGUUGUAAGAAGGCGGGCACUAAUCCCAUUAGUGUCAUUGAUCCCAAGGCGCAAGUGUACUAA